AACCCAAGUUAUGUUUUGCUAUUUCUUUUAGUUGAGAAAAGGUUACGGACUUGCGAGCUCUGGAUGAAUCAUCUGAAGCAGCAAAGCUUCUUCCAUCUUCCUUGCUUGGUUUCUAUUCUGAACUUAAGUUCUCUUGAAUCUACUAUCCAUAGAUACUACUUUCCACUUGUAAUUGCUCUUAUCGAGGGGAAUCAAGUUUAGCGUGUUGCCUUAAACGCUGUUAGACAAUGAUGCAGACUUGUUGUAUCCAUCAGUCAUUGCCAUUUCCUCAGAGAAUUCUUCCAAGGCUCGAUGCUUCCAUCGGUUUUAAGCCUCCCAAACUCGGUUUCAUUGGAAAGAAUCAGCCUUUGGGGAUUUUGAAUCUUAUACGGCAAAGAAGAUUAUACGUGAACUUGAAUGCUAAUGACGCUCACCCAUCCAUGUCUAUCCUAGAAGAAGAAACCUCCUCUGAAAACAGCGCACCGACUCCAGAAGCUGAGCUUCCAUUCAGCGAAUGGUCACCUUCUAAAUCCAUAUGGAGAGGCUUAUCAGUCCCCAUCAUAGCAGGACAAGUCCUUCUCCGGAUACUCAAGGGCAAGAUCCACUGGAGAAACACUCUCCAACAGCUCGAGAGAACCGGACCCAAAUCUCUGGGAGUCUGCCUUCUCACUUCCACGUUCGUUGGCAUGGCUUUCACCAUCCAGUUCGUUAGAGAAUUCACCAGGCUAGGCGUCAACAGAUCCAUCGGAGGCGUCUUGGCUCUCGCCUUCUCCAGAGAGCUCAGUCCUGUCAUCACGUCCAUCGUUGUCGCCGGGAGAAUGGGAAGCGCGUUUGCAGCUGAGCUGGGGACAAUGCAAGUCUCGGAGCAAACCGAUACGCUCCGUGUCUUAGGAGCUGACCCGAUUGAUUAUCUCAUCACGCCGAGAGUCAUCGCUUCGUGUCUGGCCUUGCCGUUUCUGACUCUCAUGUGUUUCACUGUCGGGAUGGCUUCGAGCGCUCUGCUAUCCGAUGCGGUUUAUGGGAUUAGUAUUAACAUAAUCAUGGACUCGGCUCAUAGAGCGCUUAGACCGUGGGACAUUGUGAGUGCCAUGAUUAAGUCUCAGGUGUUUGGUGCUAUAAUAUCUGUGAUUAGUUGUUCUUGGGGAGUUACCACUACGGGAGGUGCUAAAGGUGUUGGAGAAUCCACAACUUCUGCAGUUGUCAUGUCUCUUGUCGGAAUCUUUAUUGCUGAUUUUGUGCUUUCUUCCUUCUUCUUUCAGGGUGCUGGAGAUUCUUUAAAGAACUGUGUGUAACUUUUUUUUUUUACAUAUUAAAAACCCCGUUUACAUAGCAAUAGAUACGAUAAACAAACAUAGUUAGAUUUGUACCUUUUUUGUUUACUUUGUGUUAGUUGAGCUCAAGCUCAUCAGAGAAGAAGCUCGAAAUAGAAAUAUCUUCUGUUAUUUUCA